AUGCUGCAGAACACAGUGACUGUGAAACUUACAAUGGUCACACGAUCUCCUGCAAAGAAACAACUCAGGUCUGAAAUUGAAAACACUGGUACCACUCUCUUCGUGACCGGCCUAUCCACAAAAGUCACUGACAAGGAUCUUGAAGCACAUUUCUCCAAGCAAGGAAAGGUUGCGUCAUGCGUUCUAAAGCUGGACCCGCACACCCGUGUGUCUCGUGGUUAUGCCUUUGUUACAAUGGAUAGUCUUAGAGAUGCUGAGCGGUGCAUUAAGUAUCUCAACCAAACUUUACUUGAUGGCAGAUACAUAAAAGUCGAAAAGUCCCGAAGAAAGCGUCCGAGAACUCCCACCCCAGGCCAAUAUCUUGGCUUGAAAAGCUCUAGAGACAAUGAAAAAGACAGAGAUGGCCGUAGCAGUCGAGGGAAUCACGAUGAUCGUGAUGAUUCUCGGCAACGUUUGUCACCAAAACGCCACUAUUCACCUCGUGGUGAAAGGAACUCACCAAGACGCGACCAUUCACCUCGUGAUGGGAGGGAGUCACCAAGACACGAUCGUUCACCUCGUGGUGAAAGAAGCCCAGAGAGAAGGGGCUCACGAUCUCCUCCUGCACAGCCGAGGCCAAGAACUUUGGCAAGGCCUAUAUCUCCAGCAAGCCGUAUAAGGGCUGAAAUAGAUGCAAGUGUCUGGGCCGACCUACACCUAUCCCCAAUUGUCGCGGACAAGGAUCUUGAGUGGACACCGUAGGGUCACCAAGACGCGACCAUCUUUCACCUCGUACGUGGUGGAACGUAAAAAGGUCCUAGAGAAGAUACCAAUUGUGUAUAUACCCUCAAUAUAGAAGAUGCCAAUUGUUUCUUACUAAUAUCAGAGUAACUCCUCUUGCAUAUACAUUUGUAUCGUUAGGAUUCAAAUUGUUAAUUGUGAUAUAAUGCAAGUGUAAACAUAUAUCAACAACAAAGCAUGACGUAAAAGGAAGGUCAGCGUGAACUGGUGGAAGAGAAUCAGUGAGACCAAUCAUUGAACAGUUGAUUGGUUUUUGUCACCUCAGCAUGCUUCCUUUUCGCAGCUGUGUAUAUUCCCCCUCUAGUUGUUUUUUUUCUUGACAAAAAUUAAUAUUAUUUUUCUUAUCAGAUUAUGUUUUCAAUAU